AUUGUGUGCUCCCAUUUGAUUUGGUUUGACGUUCUGAUAAUAUUGUUUGUGCAGCUCACGGCAGUUCCCUCUGCCGUAACACCACGUCAACAAUCUGGAACAUAUCGUGACCAACAACGAAACCUGCAAUUUGCUUAAUGCUGUUGUAAGGCACACUAUUAGGCGGAUACGAUAAGCUAGUUACCUGACCGUAACAUUGUAAAAUUUUGUACCUAAAGUUCGAUUUUAUUACCACGCGUACAAAUCAAGAAAACUACAGCAGAGUUGAAUUUGCAGCUACACUGGGUUGCUCGUAUUUGCGUAGAUCUGAACAAACAGAAAAUAACACAUACAUAAUAAUUUUGUACUUAUACUUAUAACUUAUAUCAACGUUAUAUAUAUAAGUUAUAUCAAUGUUAUAUAUAUCAACGGUAUAUAUAUCAACGUUAUAUAUAUAAGUUAUAAGUAUUUAUACUUAUAACUUAUAUUAUAACCAAUAACGUCAUUUUGUACUUAUACUGAUAACUAGCAGAAAAAAACGGGUUGUAUGUACGAUAAUUAAAUAUUUAAUAUUUAAUAUUUAUUUAUUAUACACCUAUAUGCGCCGUACAGCACAAUUUGCUUUUAAUCAAAGGCGUUCAGCAAUUGGCCAACACGCCGGAAGUGGGCGGAACGCUUCACAAACUGUGAUGAUCUAUCAAGCAUGCGUGUCUGAACCUGCUCGUUGUAGCACAGACUGACCAGAGUGGACACAGUACUUACUUGACAAUCAUAGUGCAGUGCAAAAAUUUGAUUGAUUUUCUGAAACUCCGACUUUUGUCGUUAUCGAAAAUUUUCGGAAUUGCUAGUUUUUUUUUAGCUCUGCAUUAACUUAACUGUAGCUUUGUGCAGCUUUACAGUGAAUUGUAGUUUUCUGUCAUCUUUGAUGGAAUCGUUAAUCAUGAAUGCUGAGCAGGAAGAGCAGGUGCUGUCGACACAGGAGAUUGUGGAUAAAGGCAUGGAAGACAUCUCCCUGCAACAGUCUGCUGCCAAACUAGAAGCGGCCUUGGAAUACUGGCAAAAGCUAGCAGCCAAAACCGAGAGUGAACUGAAAGGUAAAAUAAAGGCUCUGGAAAGUCUGCAAGCGGAGAACAGCAAACUGGACGCUGAACUGGAGGAACUGCGAGCUGAGAUCCAGGCGACGGAAGAAGCCAAUGCUGCGCUCGAUGAGACCGAUUGCGCUGAAAAACAAGCCAUUCGCAAUAUGGAGCAAGAAAUCGGUGUUCUGAUGCUGCGUAACUUCGAGGCCGAGGAGAUGGCAGUGCGCGAAAUUGAGAAGAUCGAAAUGGAACUGCGCGAAGCUGAAGAUGAUUGCCGCGAGUAUGUAGCUCGCUGCCAGAACCUGAAAAAAGUCAAAGCCUUAAUGGAUUGGGAAGCGCAGCAGCGAGGCGAGGAUAGUAUGUCGGGAUCCGUGCGUGGUCUGAACGAUUCCAUCAUGGAAGUGGAAUCACUCCCCACCAAACCGGCUGACAUCUCCGAAACGGCGCCAGUCGAAGAAGAAGAAGAGCCGCCCAUGGCCGACGUUGACGAGGUUGUUUCUCCGCGCCGUAUCCCCGCGGAGUUCGCCGCGUUGGACGCCGUCGCCGAGCCACCGGAACCGGCCGUCGAAGACACCCCGCCUAUCACCCAAGGAUCGGGCUCCAGUACGUCGGAGUUGGCCUUCACGCUGAACCGCGAGAGUAGUCCGGCGGAGUUUUUCUCCGGUCGGGGAAUGUUUUUUGAUAUGGCGCCGGAUCGCAGCGGAGCAAAGGGCGGAUUCGGUGGGAAUGCGGCGGCAGCUGGACGCUUCCACAUGUUCGGCACACCAUCGCCUGUGCCCAGUGAGAAUUCCAAUGACGGACAGGUCGGCAGUGGAUUUGGUGGAGUUGGACAGAGUGGCAGUGGAUUUGGUGGAGUUGGACAAGGUGGUAAUGGAUUUUGUGGGGGUGGACAGAGUGGUAAUGGAUUUGGUGGGGGUGGACAGGUCGGCAGUGGAUUCGGGGGAAGUGGAGGAGGAUUUGGUGGAUUUUCGUUUGGCGGAUUCGGGUUUGGUGGUGACACGGGAGAGGCGAGCAGCAGUAAAUCGCGGCCGGCUAAUAAGAAGAACGACGGAGGUCGCGGUGGUCUUAUGUUUUAAGCGGUUACCGCCUGCUUGUUUUGUUCCGUUAUCUACGUUGUGAACUUUUUUGUCGCUCAGACAUUUUAUGGAAGCAAUCUCCAUUGUUUUUUCCUUUUUUUCCCGAAGAAAUCCUGCUUAGAUUUUACUGUUUUACUUUUAGAAGGUACUUGUACGGUGGCAUAUAACCGGUAUUGAUAUUUUAUUUAUUUAGUCAGAUUUUUGUAUUUGUUGUAUCUCGGUUCUCUGCUGAAAAAGAUGUGUUCGAGUUA